AUGGAAAAAGGGAAGAACAUUUCUCUCUCCAGGUCUUGCCAUGCCUGCAUCAAGGCUAAGCGGCGCUGUAAGGCCGGAGUACCGAAGUGUGAACGAUGCCGCAUCAAGGAAAUAGAGUGCUCGUACGUCAAUGAGCCGCUGGUCUCCCACUUGGAUGAUAAACAGUCUCUUGCAAAUGGCAGCCCUAAGAUCCAUGAAGAUUCAGAAGAGAGUCGACUUCUGGAAUCUCGUCAAAAAAUAACAUCUCGUGAUAUGGAAUUCUUCCACUUCACACAUUUAAACGCUCCUUUGCGUCUUAUUCGAGAAUGGUGUUAUUCGAAAACGACUUAUGCUAGUCCAGCAGCAAGUGAACCUACUUUAGCUCUUAUGGAGUGGGGACAAGAUCUUGCAACUGUGAACUAUCUUGCGGCUCAAUUGAAAGCUUUCCCAAUUACGUUCUCACGAGAAGCGAAGACUGUUUUCAUUCAUUCCACUUUGUAUAGCCGAUGGUUGCCAAAGCAUAUCAAGAAUGCAUACGCCAUUUGUCGAGCAUAUUCGUUAUCAAUAGACAAUGGCGCAGACUUUCACUACGGGACUCUACAUCAAAAACUUGACGAAUUGAUCAAAGAAUAUCCAACAUUAGACUCAUUCAGCGACCUGCUAGCUUCUCUUCAAGCUUUAUUACUCUAUCUGCUUAUUUGCAUUUUCCACAAGGACCCCUGGCAAAGGGGAUUUGCAGAGACACAUAUCGUCACUCUCAACCAGUGGACACGCCAUGUGUGGGAGCAAGCUCCAAACAAAAUAUCUCAAAGACUAAGCGCUUGGGAAGCUUGGGCUUUUGCAGAAAGCGUUCGUCGCAGUAUCAUAAUCUCAUAUAUGGUUCGAGGGGUCUACCAAAUGGCAAAGUUCGGCUUCCAUCCGCAUUCAAUGUUUGUUGAAACCCUGCCAUUCGAUCGACACACAAGGCUAUGGGACGCGACAUCUGCAAGAGAGUGGUCUUCACUACCGAGAGAUCCUCUGCACCCAAUAAUCUCGUAUCGUGAAUACGUCACGGAUUUUGCAAAUCAGCGAAUAAGGCCAACUAGCUUAUUCGAAUUGCUGCUCUUGGUUAUACGAUAUGGAAAAGAACCAAUUUAUUAUCGGCUUUAUAAUGGCACUCUGUUUGACUACUAA